AUGUCAGCCACAGCCGAAGCCCUCGCGACCGUCGAGCUCCUUGAGCAGAUCCUCCUCGAAUGCUCCGUCUUCGACUGCGCACGCGUCCAACGCACCUCGAAGUUCUGGCGCAACGUCCUCGCCAACUCCCCCAAACUGCGCCAACACAUGUUCCUCGAGCCCACUCCCGCGCGCGAAAUCCUCAACAACUUUGGCGUCAUCUCCCCUAUCAGUGACCUCGUAGAGGAAGAGGGUGUAAAGAAGGGACGAAUCAUCGGCGAUAUUCAUCCAGCAAUGGGGAUUUACGGGAAACAGUCACGGGGACACUACCACCUGCCGAAAAGCUUUGGAGUGGUCGUGUGCCUGACGCCCGAUUUGCCAAUGUGGAAGAAUGGGCUUUGGGAUAAGGUGCGCAUCGUCAAGCAUGCAAACGCGAAGACUUUGUAUUUGAACGAGCAGAACGAGUUCCCGCAGUGGAUAGAUCUGGGCAAGGAGCAGACCAUUGGAGAUCUUCGAGAUGCGGUGGGAGAGUUUGACGGGUGCGUUGAGGUGUAUAWUCCUUGGUUUGUGGAGGAGGCAUCGGGAGAGGUGAAGUCUUUGAGAGAGGCGACUGCCCUGGUGAGGAAAGGUGAAAACGUGGAGGAGGAAAUGAAGGGGCUACCAUCAGGCUAG